AUGGUUAAGAGCAGAAAUUUCGUGUUCGUGCUGGUGUGGCUCUCGCUGUUGAUCAGUGCCGGAAUACAUCUUUUUUCGAAAGGAUUCCUGCUAACCCGCGUCGCUCAGACAAACGUGAGCAGUUGCAUCAGUUACGACCAGUAUCGCUGCGAAAGCGAUGGCAAAAAUGGUUCCACUCAGAAGAGUGAGUGUGUUGGUGCGGAAAAAGUGGCGUCCAUUCUUCGGGACCUCGAUGCCUCCACGGGCAUUUGCUUUCCACCGAAGGCACGAGUGAUUCUGCUGGUAAUCGACGCCCUGCGGUACGAUUUUGGUCUGUACGAUGCUGAGAACACUCGUCCGGCUCCGUACGAAAACAAUCUUCCCAUCAUGUCGGAGCUGCUUCGGAAACAUCCGGAAAACAGCCGCCGGCUGAAGUUCGUCGCCGAUCCGCCGACCACGACCAUGCAGCGACUGAAGGGUAUCACGACCGGCAGUUUACCCACGUUCAUUGACAUCGGCUCGAAUUUUGCAUCACCCGAAAUCAACGAGGAUAACCUGAUCGAUCAGCUGGUGCGAGCCAACCGUACGACCGUGUUCCUCGGCGACAGCACCUGGACCGAUCUGUUCCCGAACCGGUUCACUCGCGAGUAUCCUCAUCCUAGUUUUAACAUUUACGAUCUCGAUACGGUCGAUAGCGCGAUCGAGAAACAGCUGCCUAGAGAGAUGGCCCGGAACGAUUGGGACAUGAUUGUGGCUCACUUUCUCGGUGUAGACCAUUGCGGUCAUCGGUACGGGCCGUCUCAUGAUGAGAUGCGACGAAAGCUGCGCGAGAUGAACGAGGUUAUCCGGAACGUUACCGAACGGAUGGCGGAUGGCACUACGCUGAUCGUGAUCGGUGACCACGGUAUGACGAAAACGGGUGAUCACGGCGGUGAUACGGCGGACGAAGUGGAUGCCCUGUUGUUUGCCUAUUCCAAGGGUAGUCCCUUGCUCACCCGAGGCUACGAUGGGUCUGCCGAUACAAUGCAACAGAUCGACCUUGUGCCGACGCUGGCCACCAUCCUCGGUGUGCCGGUGCCGUACAGCAACUUGGGGCAGAUCAUUUUUCAGCUUGUUCCCGACACGCGGGUCGAUACAUUCCUGCGCUACCAGCUUGCACUGGUGCACCUGUGGCAGAACGCCCGGCAAAUCCAGAAUUACUUCCAGCAGUACGGAGAACCAAACACGUCCGACGGGCCCGUCGACCAGGAACAAGACCCGGAGCUUGAUGAUACGGAAAACAUGUUUCUCAUGCUGACCCAGCGUGUGAACAGCGUGUACACGGAGGCCGCCUUCCAGAGUUUCUCGGGCGAUUUGCGCCACUAUCUGAAGAGCAUCCUGGAGGGCUACCGGCGUGUGUGGGUCAAAUUCGACCCGCAGCUCAUCUCGCACGGACUGUUGGUCACCUUUCUCGGGUGUUUCGCAAUGGUUAUCCUUAUCGUAAACUCCACCCCGCACCAAUUGGCCGGAAUGUUCUCCGAGGGCACGAUUUCAUACUCAUUUCUGCUCGUAUUCUUCGCCGCUCAGACGGGAUACGCUUUUCACGAUUUUUUGGGGCUUAGUUCCCCGCAACACGGUGUCAUCUUGGUCGGAGCAAUUGCAAGCGUCGGCCUGCUCGCUCUUUUGGCCAUGCGCCACUGGGUGACGAUCUCGGAAAACAUGGCCGCCUGGAAACGGUCAGCCAAUGUGCUAACGCGCGUUUCGUUCGUCUUCACUACGUGUGUGUUCUUCGCAAACAGUUUUAUCGUGCAGGAGCAAAAGAUACUGUCCUACGUGCUGAUGGGAUUCUUUUUAAUGGCGCUCUACAAACUGCAUCAUUUGGGUGGCCGUUUCGCAUUGCCCCGGCUUCGGUGGGCCGCGGUACGAAAGUCUAUGCUGGUGAAGCUGGUCCUUCUUACGCUUUUCGCGCUGGCUUUGAUACGCCUGUCUGGAGGCUACUUCCGGUGCCGCGAGGAGCAAGCAAACUGCACCGAUCACCUGGUGAAGGCACCUACGGUGACAUCGAUGGCCGAGAGCCAACGGAGACGCAGCUCAGACACCGGAAUGGACAUUGUGCCUUGCGUGGCGCUCGUGCUGUACAUCGUAUGUACGCGGCUUUACCUGCGAGCCUGUGGAAAUCUCACCGGCAUGGGUGUACAUGUGCUGCUCGCUAGGUAUGGUCCCACCGUGGCCGUCGUUUGCACGUGUGCCCACUUCACCGUCUCGAAAACUAGCGCCCAAGGUGGCAUCCCGCAGUUGCACGUCGAUGCACUCGCGUGGGUCGUUUACGGACUGCUGCUGGUGCAGUUGAUCGUGCUGUUCGUUUCACCGUUGCUACUUUACGUGCUGCCCAAACGUACCAGCGCCAUGAACGGUAACAUGGCCCCGGAGAUUUAUCGCCAGCUGAAGGAGAGCUACGGUGGUCGCACGACUGCUGCCGGUAGUGACAUCCCGAUCGUAUGUGGACUCGGCACCGUGUAUUCGUCCGUCUUUGUCUCGGUCGGAGCCAUUCUGAGUGUGGUGCUCGCACUGUUACUUGGCUCUCACGGCACGGCAGGGCUAAUGAUCGUGAAUGGUGUGGCCAUUGCGUACGGCAUCAUCGCUUCCAUCCUGCAGUACGAGCAGGCGUCAACUAACCUGGCCAGCUGCAUCCAGCCGUCUUUCCCGACAUUGCUCACCUGGGUCAUUCUGCAGCAGUAUGGAUUCUUCGCGACUGCACACCAACCCACGCUGUCACAGAUCGACUGGAAUGCCGCUUUCGUCGGGCGAACGUAUCACUUCGAUGGAAGCAACCUGCUGUCCGGGUUGCUUGUGCUACUCAACACCUUCUCCGCUACGUUCCUGCUAUCGGUGCUGUUUCCACUGCUCGUUUUCGUACCCUUCUGUGUGUACACCAUGUGGCCAUCGUUAGCUGAGCGGCCAAUUAUCAACAACGUAAAAACGCCCGUGGUUGGGCCCGGUUCCUCACAACCUCCAAGUCGUGGCGGUCGAUCGGAACCAGCUGCAACCACGCAGCGUAAAGUAACUUCCGACGGUGGCAGCGUGGAGUAUCGCAGUGUGACCGUUAGCAAGGCGGAAGACUCAACCGAGGAUUCUGCAGUGGUAUCCGAUUUCGAGAUAACCAAGGGCGAGCUUAAUCUGUACGAGAACGAAAAGCUUUUCAUUGGGACCGUGUUCAAGACCGCCUGCCAGCUGAUACUGCUGCAAUCACUGAGGAUAUUCUGUGCCAUGUUUGCCUGCACGCUGCACUGUCGCCAUCUCAUGGUGUGGAAGAUCUUCGCACCGCGAUUCAUCUACGAAGGCAUCACCAGCUACGUUAUGUUCGUUGGAGUGAUUCUGGGUUUCGUGCUGCUGCUACGAGUGCACCGAGCCGUCAGCGUGCUGAUAACGGACAUCAACAAACGCCGAUAAAGAGUACGUCGAUGCACAUAAGCACCAGGCCACGACGAACGCACUUGACCCUUGACCCGUCGUCAAGCCACCCCUGACUCGGCGAACCGCAACCAGGUAAGCAACGCGAACGACCAACACCACGAGCACCAGUGGGUGGGAAAAGAAAGGUAUCCUACCCUGGAAAAGAAAAUGGAAAAAAAUAAAUAAAACGAUGUGAAAAAAAAACACCCCACCACAUACCGCGCAGGGGAAAAGAAUUUCGCGAACAAAACCGCGCGGCUGACUUCCUCCUGCCGUGGCAGAAAGGGCUGCCGCAGGAAGGGCAAGGAAAUAAAUAAAUAAAAAUGCCGCUUGGGCCGCGGGCAGGCACAGGGAAUUGGCUCCUCAAAAGGAGGAAGGCCACGGUUCGGCUGGCCGACCGACCACUGCUGGGGGCCGGUUAGAGAACGGAGAGUCAAUAAAAAGUAGCACAAUAAAUCUUCGUUUUGGCCUCGCGAUGGGGCCUCCAACUCUCGCUGGAGGUUGUGCGGUGAAUUUAUUCGGUGUGCUUCUCUUAGUAAUCGUUUCUUUUUCGCCUGCUUCACUCUGCACCUCCAAGGGCAAAUAAAACACCACCCCCGUGUUAUCGUCGGUGCCAGGUUCGAGCCCCCCCGCUGGAACCGGUGCCAAGCAGAAGCCCAACCGUGCGCCGGUUUUCGUAUCCAAAAUGAAUAAAUAUCGCUUAUG